UUCCCAUUUUUCUGUUCUCUCACAUUUUCUUUCACAUUUUUCCCUUCUCUCGUACUCGACCAUCUCUCCUUAACUCUCUCUCUCUCUCUCUCUCUCUCUCUCUCACACUCCUCCCCCGGCGGGGGAUAAACCAUAGAAAAUCGCCUGUCUUAGAAAUCGCAGGAAGAUGUGGAAUUAGGGUUUCCAUCGAGCUCAUAAGAAGCAUCGAUCAAGUGGGGACAUUUGUAUUAAGUUUCAUAGAUAGUGCGGUAUCAGGUUUUGAUCAGAGUGAUAAAUGAAGAAAAAACGUGUUUCAGAGAGUGUGGAGAAUUAGUGUGUCAAUUGAACUCGGAAAGAGGCUUUUGAGGAGGUAGCAUAGCUGGAUUGAGCUUGUAUUAGGAUUUGCAGGGGAUUCGAGAGCGGUUUGGAUCCAGCUCGAGAAGGAGCUGUAAUGAAGUAGAGGGAGCAUUGGUUGAUCUAAAUUAGGUCUAAAAUGUCAGUUGCAGAGUUGAAGGAAAAACAUCUUGCUGCUACUGCAACAGUAAAUAGCUUAAGGGAAAGAUUGAAGCAAAAACGCCUGCAGCUCUUGGAUACUGAUGUUGCUGGCUAUGCAAAAUCUAUCGGGAAAACACCUGUCAGUUUUGGACCAACAGAUCUAGUUUGUUGCAGGACUUUGCAAGGGCACACUGGAAGGGUUUAUUCAUUGGACUGGACUUCAGAAAAGAACCGCAUUGUGAGUGCAUCUCAAGAUGGCAGGCUUAUUGUAUGGAAUGCUCUAACUAGCCAGAAAACACAUGCAAUUAAGUUACCAUGUGCAUGGGUUAUGACAUGCGCCUUUUCCCCCACUGGCCAGUCGGUUGCUUGUGGCGGUCUUGACAGUGCGUGCUCCAUUUUCAACCUCAAUUCUCAAACUGACAAGGAUGGGAAUCUACCAGUAUCAAGAAUUCUAAGUGGACACAAGGGUUAUGUGUCCUGUUGCCAAUAUGUUCCUGAUGGGGACACACAUCUAAUAACUAGUUCUGGAGACCAAACCUGCAUUUUAUGGGAUGUUACCACAGGUCAGAGGCUAUCUGUUUUCGGAGGUGAAUUUCCAUCAGGCCAUACUGCAGAUGUGUUGAGCGUCUCGAUUAAUUCAUCAAACACAAAGAUGUUUGUCUCUGGUUCUUGUGAUGCAACUGCCCGAUUAUGGGAUACUCGCAUAGCCAGCCGAGCAGUCCGGACCUAUCAUGGGCAUGAGGGAGACGUCAACACUGUGAAGUUCUUCCCUGAUGGGCAGAGAUUUGGGACUGGCUCAGAUGAUGGCACUUGCAGGCUAUUUGAUAUGAGGACAGGGCACCAGCUUCAAGUUUAUUACCAGUCACAUGGUGAGAAUGAGGUCCCAAUGGUGACCUCCAUUGCCUUCUCAAUAUCAGGCAGGCUUUUAUUUGUGGGAUACUCGAAUGGCGAUUGUUAUGUAUGGGACACCAUAGUAGCCAAGGUUGUUCUGAAUCUUGGAUCUCUGCAAACCUCACAUGAGAGUCGAAUAACUUGUCUGGGUAUGUCAGCUGAUGGAAGUGCCCUAUGUACAGGAAGUUGGGACAGGAACCUCAAGAUUUGGGCCUUUGGAGGAUACAGGACAGUGAUUUGAUCGCCAUGAAUAGAAUCUCUCUCCAUUCUUGACCUCAGGUUUCUCUCUUCUGCAAGUGUUUUUAAUAAGAUUGUAUUUUGCAUUUUAUCCACUGCAAGAGAGAGAAUAAGCAGGAUUUGAAUCGGAUACGGUUUCUCCACUGGAAACCAGUGUAUCGUAGUUUUAUCGUCUUUGUUUGAAGUGGCCCUCUUGAAUCUGUUUGCUUUUUGACACUUUUUAACAGUUUCAUAGAAAGUUCCUAGUCUUGGAAAAUGCGUGUAUAUUAUGUCUUUGCUUACUGUUGUUUCUAUUUGAUUCAUGUUUGUGUAA